AUGUGGACAAGGUACGAGCAAGAUCCAUCUCUUUUGGAUACAGUUACAGAUUUUGUUACAAGGUUUUUGCGAAACAAAUAUUUUAAAAAAACCCUGGUGACCAAGUAUGUCAUUAAAUUGAAUAAUACCGAACUAGCCAAAGAUUUACUGAGAGUUUCCUCGAGUGGCAAUAACUUGGAUGCUGAGAGUUUAGUUGCAUUGAUAAAAGCAUUUGGGUUGGAAACAUAUAGAGAGAGGGUAAUGGAUCUUUUGGUAAAAUGCAAAGCCAAUCUUGCCUAUGGAUUCUUACAAGAAAUUGAGGAUGAGGAGAUGGCAGAGAAGGUCAUUUCUUUUUUUAGUGUAAAAGGAGGGGCCUCAAGCUAUGAAAGUAUUGUUUUACUCUGCCAAAAAUAUAACAGGAAUUUGAGUGAAGAGGUCAGAAAGAAAAUGUUAUCGAAUUGGUAUGGGGAUGUGCAAGAUCUAUUUGAAAUGGCUAAAAGGUUGAAGGACAAGAACUGUUUCAACGCAGUGUUGGAGAAGUAUUUCCGUCCUGCUAAAGAUAAUGUACCACAUUAUGCAAGAAACAAAUUGAAUGAUUUUGAUAUGAAUGUUAGCAUGGUGGUGGAUUGCAUUCAAUAUCUUGGACUCGACAAUUGCUCCAAUUUUUUGAAGGAGUUAAUAGCUGAAUAUUGUGCGAAUGUUUUCGACUCUGUACUAAUAAGAAUUCUCAAAAUGUUUAUCGGCCACCCAACCAAUGAGCAUGUAAUCAUGUUCAUGAUAGAGCAAUUAUGCUCUGGAAUCUCUAAAAAAGUCACAAGUGACAAGGUGGAUGAACUGGUUGGAAUUUUACAAGGAUUUGAAACAAGAGAUGUUGGAUUUAUGAAAGCUUUCGUAAAAGGAAUUACACCUUCUAAGGAAAAUAGAAAAAAUUAUCAUGUAAUAAUUUGUCCUCUAAUUACAAAAGUUAAAGGAGUGGAUGCUAUCAUCAACAGUGAGCCAAUACAAAAAUUAAUAUCCAAAUGUAUCUCAUACUAUGACAAGGUUAUUGAUAAACCUUCUAAAUUAACACCUCCACCUUCAAAUUGGACAAUUGAUGUAACUCUGAAAUGUACUUGUGAUUAUUGUCAGAUGGCCACACAAUUUUUGAAGAAUCCUCACGUAACUGAAUACAAACUUCAGGAAAAUGAAAAACUCAGAAAGCACGUUACAGAUAAUAUUGUGGCAGUCACUAGAGAAUGUCUCUAUAAUACAGAAAAGACAAAUAGACCGCCUUACAUCUUGCAUAUUACAAAGAAUACUCAAUCUAAAGCCAUGCAAGCAAAAGCAUUGGAAGAAGUCAAAGCCAACAAAAUCGAGCUGACCUCAUUACUUACCUCAAGUUUGGAACCCAAUAAGAAAAAGUUGAAAAUUGAGGAAUAA